CGCCCCCCCCGCCCCCUCCCCCCGCCCCCCAGCCGCGCUCAUGAAGGGCCGGACCAAGCUGUCAUCCAUGUGUCUCUGUGUGAAAUAUCGCUACCAAGAUGAGGACAGCCCGCCCCUGGAGCAGAGCCCGGCGCAUCUCCCCAACCAGGUAAAGGCCCCCGAGCUCGUCCACGUCUCGGAGAAGAACUUGUCCCAGAUCGAGAACGUCCACGGCUACGUGUCCCACUCCCACGUCUCCCCCAUGAAGGUAGGAAGGGGGGGCAGGGGGCGCCCGGCCAGCACAGGGGGUCACCG